AUGUCGAGCAUGGACCUGACCACAGAGCAAGGCAUGCAAACAUAUCUCCGCUCAAAUCUAUACCCAACAUGCCACAAAGUAAAACGAUUACCAGAAGGCUACGGUAGCUUCGUGUACCGCGUAUGGCAAGACGAUAACUCAUCACCUCCCACGAUGAUUGCAAAGCACAGUGCGAAUUAUGCAGCGAGAGCACCGGGCUGGAAGCUCGAUCAAACCAGACUGGGUUAUGAGUACGCUGCCCUCGCCCUCCUCUCCCAGCCUCCCUUCCAUCAUCCAGGCAUCCGUGUCCCAGCAACGUACCACUUUUUAAAACACCACUGGCUCCUCCUGCUCGAAGACCUAGGUCCCCUUCCCAGCGUCAAGUCCUACCUCGCCCCAGGCCUCUCCACCAGCCAAGCCAGCACCAUCGGCACAAUCCUCGGGUCCUACCUCGCAAAUAUACACAACAACACCUCAACCAACAACGCCACCAUCCUCUCCCAAUUUUCUGGCAACGAAACGGCAAGAACACUCUCCUCAAGCUUCUACUUCACCCAACUGCCCGCAAUCGCCGCAGAGCACGGCUACAGCGGCCCACACAUCCAGACCGCAGCAGAUCAAGCAAUCCACGACAUCAAUCAUGGAAACGAAGUUCUCACACUCGGAGAUUUCUGGACUGGAAAUGUCCUCAUUGACCCUGAAGCUCUUGAGCUUUACGUGAUUGAUCUAGAACUCGCGAAGCCUGGCACGGCGGACUUUGAUAUCGGGCAAAUGGCGGCGGAGAUGUAUUUUGUCGCUGCAUUUCGGGACCAUACAUUGGGCAUGGCGGCACUCAGGGCGUACUUUCAAGCGUAUCGAGCGCAGAGACAGGAGAAGGUAGACGUGGCGAAAGUAGCGAUAAGGAUCGCCGCGCAUAUUUUUGUGAUUGGGACGAGGUACUGGCAGGCUGAUGCAGAUGCUCAGAACUUCAAGAAGCAGCUGGUAGUUGCUGAUGAGUUGCUGAGACUAGGGGUUGCGCGGGAUGAGAAUGCUCUUAGAGAUACCAUUGUUGGAAGCCUGAUCAGCUAG